UAGGUAGCGCCAUCAAGCUCUCGCGAUAGUCGCUACAAUAUCAAUUCCACAGUAGGUAAACUUGGAUUCUUCCAUAUUCUUCGUUAAACAUCCAUACGAAUUGAAACGGAUGAAUUGAACAGAUUAUAUAUUCUGCGCUUCUGUAAACAGUAAAUAAAACAAAGUUACUUUGUUAGUUUUUGGUGAUUCGUAAAAAAUUAUUCUCACACAAGAUCGUAAAAAAAAGUUUACCAUUAAGAAAAAUUAAUUAAAACAAUGACGAGACACGCAAGAAAUUGUACAGCAGGUGCUGUUUACACUUAUCACGAGAAAAAGAAAGAUGCAAAUGCUUCAGGUUAUGGUACCAACACUCAAAGAGUAGGAAAAGAUUCUGUAAAGGAUUUUGAUUGUUGCUGUCUUACUUUACAACCUUGCAGAGAACCUGUAGUAACAAAAGAUGGUUAUCUUUUUGACAAAGAAGCAAUAUUAGAAUAUAUUUUAACAAAGAAGAGAGAAUAUACCAGAAAAUUAAAAGAAUAUGAAAAACAAAAACAGAAAGAAGAGGAAGAGUUACGAGAACAAACUGUGAAUGCAGAGCUAUUAAAAUUACAGGAUUUCUUGAAAAACGAAAAGAAUAUUGUUUCUAGGACUAAAUCAAAGUUGAAUCAAUCGACUGCUUCGGUUUCGAAUAUGAGUAAUGGAAAAGAUAAAGCAUUACCUAGUUUUUGGAUUCCUUCUAAAACACCAGAGGCAAAAAAGACAAAAUUACAAAAACCCAGUAAAACGAUUUACUGUCCUCUUAGUGGCAAACCUUUAAAAAUGAGCGAUCUUAUUUCAGUUAAAUUUACAGAAGUUAAAGAUCCAGAUGAUAAUAAAUCGCUUAUAGUUAAACAAGCAAGAUAUAUGUGUCCCAUUACGCAUGAUAUUUUAAGCAACAGCAUUCCCUGUGCAGUAAUUAAAACGAGUGGUGAUGUCAUCACAAUGGAGUGUGUCGAAAAAAUAAUAAAAAAGGAAUGGAUCAAUCCAUUGGACAGUUCAAAAUUAACAGAAGAAGAUAUUAUACCUUUACAAAGGGGUGGUACUGGUUACGCAGCCGUAAAUGAUUCUUUGGAAGGUAAACACGAAAGACCAGUACUACAAGCUUAAUUGGACA